AUGCUUAGACAGGUUUUCCUUUUGGCCGCGUUCGUGGCCCUUUCCUCGGCACAGUCAUUCAGUUUUGGGGGAUGUCCUACAGUGACCACCCAGCAAAGUUUUGACCUCAAUCAGUAUCUUGGGAUAUGGUAUGAAUUAUACAGAUUCCCUACCAGUUACGAGUCCGGACAGAGAUGUAUCACCGCCAACUACACUCUUCAAGCCAAUAACCAUGUAUACGUACACAAUGAGGGACUCGAUCCUAAAUCAGGCAAGCCUUCAAUAGCCAUCGGUGACGCUUACCAAAAUGAUGUCCAGAAUUCUCCCUCUAAACUCAAAAUUAGAUUCGCAGCACAUACGCCUUACGGAAACUACUGGGUACUGAAAACAGAUUACACGUCAUAUACACUCAUCUACUCUUGUAUCGACAUCGUCGGAAUCAGCCAUCUAGAACAAGCAUGGAUUAUGUCCAGAGAACGAUCUCUCUCACAAGCCAAGAUUGACGAGUUGAUGAAUGUCUUCAAAAGUUUUAACAUUGAUACAAACCACUUUGUGAAAGCUGACCAGGCUAACUGCUAA